CACACUCUUCACCAGCACAAUCAUCAUUCAACAACUCACAUUUCACCUGUCCUAUCACCUAUCCAAACCCAUCAACCAAAAAUGUUUGCUCUGAACACCAUCGUCGUCGCCAUCGCGGCCCUCGCCGCCACCGCUCAGGGUGCCCCUACCGAGACCACCAUCGAGUCUCGCCAGUUCGCCUGCCCCGCCAGCGUCCAGCUCUGCGGCUGGCGUAUCCUUAACGAUCUCAAGUGCUCUGACAAGGCUCAUCUCAUCGCCAUUUCUCCCCCCGGAACCACCGAGGGCCAGAUCUUCAACGCCAUCUACGAGACGAACUCCACCGGCGCCGUCUGGCGCUUUGUCCAGCAGUGCAAUGGAUGCAACAACGUUGGGGUUGGUAUCCCGGCGACUGUUUGCGUCUAGAGAGUUCAUGGUGUCUUGUGCUGUGUCACUCGAGGAGACAUUUUGGGGCAAUGAGAUGUGAUGAAG